CUCCAGUCAGUCUGAGACAGAGGCCAGAGAAGAAGCUCGAGGACAUGUUGUGUAUUCUGCAUCAUUUUCCCGCACUGACAAGAGAUGUGUGACUCCACUGAGCGCCGUCAUGGGCAAAAGGGCCCCCGGGGCCACUUCAGUGUCACGUAGCCGAGGACACAACCUCUGGUGUCCAGAUGAGCAGGGAAGGCGGUGAUGGACUCCACCCGGACGCACAGUUGUGAAACACUAUGAAGGCAAACGGUGCAGCAUCUGAGGGUCUCUGGGCGCCGCAGUAAGAGCCAUGGAUCACUUAUUCCGGAGGAAGCGGGUCGGUCUGCUGAAACCCCUCCUGAGCCUGUCUCUGGUCUUUGCCUCUUUUCUAAUGAUCCACAAGCUGAAACUGGCAGAGAAGGACGGAGUGGGAGCUAAACACAUAAGGGAUGCUGGUUGGUGUGGCUCUGAGUGUUUUUCAUUCAAGAAGGGAGCCGUGAAACCUAGUUUGGGGAGCUCGGGCUCUCCAGUGCUUAGCAACGAAUUGGAUGCGCAGCGGGUCUCUAACGGGACUCCGGCUUCCUGGGACGCGCAGGUUCUCAACUGCAGCGAGGACGCGUCGGUGAGGACGCAGGACUGGUUCCGGCGCUUGGACCCGAGAUUUCACCAGUUUGUUCUGCACAGACACUGUAGGUACUUCCCCAUGCUCAUCAACCAUCCGGAGAAGUGCGCGGAUGGAGAGGUGCACCUCCUCAUGGUGGUCAAAUCCGUUAUCGAGCAGCACGACAGGCGGGAAGCGGUGCGUAAAACCUGGGGCAAGGAGCACACGGUGGAUGGGAAGAAAAUAAGAACUUUAUUUCUUUUGGGGAGCCCGACGACUGGCAAAGACACUAAAAACCUCCAGAAACUGAUAGAGUACGAGGACAGGAUCUAUGGGGACAUCCUCCAGUGGGACUUUAUGGACACCUUCUUCAACCUGACCCUGAAAGAGGUCAACUUCCUCAAGUGGUUCGACAUCUACUGCCCUGGUGUCCAGUUCAUAUUCAAAGGAGAUGAUGAUGUGUUUGUGAACACGCACAACCUGUUGCAGCUCAUAGACUUCAGACUGGAGGAGCGCAAAUACGCAGAGCUGUUCGUAGGGGACACCAUCUCCAAGGCGAUCCCCAUCCGAAACAGGCAGAGCAAAUAUUACAUCCCCAAAGAGCUGUACGAUAAGCCAUAUCCCCCGUAUGUCGGAGGAGGUGGGUUUCUGAUGUCCUCCCAGCUGGCCAGGAGGCUCUUCGUGGUCUCGGAGGACCUGGAGUUGUACCCGAUCGACGAUGUGUUUUUGGGGAUGUGCCUGCAGAAGCUUCACUCGGCUCCGGAGAUGCACCCGGGCUUCAGGACCUUCGGCAUCACCAGACGCAGGGUGAGCCCCAUGAACAGCGAGCCAUGCUUUUACAAAAACCUCAUCGUGGUGCACAAACUGAGCGCGCAGGAGCUGCUCAGGAUGUGGAGCGUGGUGCACAACGAGGACCUGAUCUGCGCUCAGAGGGUCUCCAUGUGAUUGUAUAUAAACUAAAUUAAUUCACCCAAGCUGAACUGAAUACAAAGAACACUUGUGUUUUAAUUGAUCAUAUAUGAUGAUCCUUACUGAAUCUGCUCAAGAUUUUCUGUAUGUCAAAUUCAAAAGGUUACAAAGUUUCCCUCUUCACUGCUCCUGCUACUUUAAGUUUCCAUUUUGUAAAACCACUACCACACAAGCAUCCCAGGAAGAUUUCUAAUUUUUGGUGCCAUUUCAGGUUGUGCUUUCAUCACUCUGUCACCCGAAUCUGAGAUCUAAUGUUGAUGUAGACACAUGGUUGUAAUGGUUUUAGUGCGUGUUUGUGCAGGCACAAAUAAGACUGGACUUUUUACACCUUGGUGUCUCUCUGAAACAGCUGAUUUGAUUGUCUAUUUCUGAUUUCAGGGUUCCAGUGUGACUGUCACAGUGAGCUAUAUGGACUCAGAGCACAUAACAUGAAACAAACAACUGCAUUCAUUCAGUGAUUAUUUUGUAGGGUGCUGAAAUUGUAACAAAAUUAAAUGAUUGGUUGUCAGUUAAUAUGUUGUUUUCAAGUGUCAUUUCAUGUGUAUGGUUUGCAGAAGCGGGCCAAACAAACCAAAGACACUAGAGGGAUGUAAUACUGUAGAUUCAUGUCUGAUAAUGUCAAUAAAACUGGAGCUUGUUGUCAACUUUGUAAAUACAGAAAAUUAUUGGGAGAGAUAUGGAAAACACUGACCAUCUCAAGUUCUGCUGUCAACUGUGUAUGUUACAGUAUGUGAGUUCGUGUGAUUGCUACACAGAAGGCUAUACAAAGCUGCUAAGCCCCAGGGAAUCUUAACUCUUAAACAGUAUCAGAAACCACAUCUGCAAACCUCAGCUCAAUGUAGCUUUAUUUAUUAAACAAAUACAGAUACUUCGGCAGAAAAAAUAGCCAUUUAAUGACAGAAUUUAUAUUCAGAAAAUACUGACUACUAUGCACAUAAAAAACACCAAAAAUAUCCACUGUUGCAACAUUUCUCCAUACAGAAGCAUGUUAAAGCCAACGUGAUGAAUUGGGAAGUUAAAACCAAAUAUACUCUCAUAUACAUCAUCUAUAUUUAAGCUGUUUUGUCCACUAAUAUAACAGUUAAUGUUGUAAUGCACAUUGAUAUUAAUUUACCCUGCUAAACUGUUUUCAUGGAUGUUUUUGUUUUACUUGUUCUUGGCUGUGAAUGAAUCAAAGAUAUAUUACAAUCAACAUCGUCAUAACACUGUGCAGUACAACAGAAGUAGUGAAAUUAUAGCAUUAACUAUAAAUCUUGCAAAUUAUUGAGGGAGUUCUUAACAUUUUUGUGGUUGUGAUUGUGGUAAAAAACAGUCUGAAGUGCUUCAAACUGUCUGUUGGGG